UACAGGCAUGUGCUUCAUUAUGAGCAACAAAGUGCAUCGUGGAGGAAAUAUAGCAUUGAUUAUUAGAGUUUAAAGAAGAUUGGUGAAAAGGGUUUUUAUCGUUCGCCGGGAAACAUGAGUUCGUCGGAGGUUUCAGAUUACGGCAGAUUCGCCGGCCAGAAGUCCAACUUCUCCCACACUUGCAACCGCCUGAGCCAGUACUUGAAGGAGAAGGGCUCCUUCGGUGAUCUCAGCCUCGGCCUUUCCCGCAAUUUUGUUCCUUCAGGAAAUCCGAGACCCACAAUGGAUCUGUUGCCAAUGAUUGAGAAAUCGGGUCAGAACUCAGUUCACAAACCCAUGAACUUGUUUCCUACCAGAGAAGAAUCCACAAAGAAGAUGGACACAAGUGUGACCAAGGCUGGCCCAGAAAAGGCACAAAUGACGAUUUUCUACGGUGGGCAAGUGAUUGUGUUCAAUGAUUUCCCAGCAGACAAGGCUAAAGAAAUCAUGCUUCUUGCCAGCAGCAAUGGAGGCACAACCUCGGUGGCUCCGAAGCUACCUGAAUCUUCAGCUCCUGUUCCAAAGGUUGUCCCUUCUUUUGUGAACCAAAGACCACCCCAGCAAAUUGCUUCUGAGAUGCCUAUUGCAAGGAAGAAAUCACUGGCCAGGUUCUUUGAGAAGAGAAAGGAUAGGAUUGUUUCAAAGGGCCCCUAUCCAUACCAGAUGAUGAGCAGUCCCAAGGCAGGUUCUUCUUCUUCUUCCCAGGUUGAAGAGAGCAGGGCAUGGCUAGGAUUGGGAGCCAAUUUUCCUGUCAAAAUUGAGCACUGAUAUAAUUAUUGAUUAUUAUAUUAUUAUUAUUGUUAUAUAAAAUUACUAUUAGUGGAGGAUUAGUAUUGUUGUAGUACAUUAAUUUUGGUAGUUGUCUUUAAUCUUGUGUUUUAUCUUGGCUCCAAAGCCUACUCUGAUCUAACUCUUUAGAUCUGGUUUGAUUAAUUACUGAUUAUUUUAACUGUUGUUAUUAUUAUUA